CAUCAUCGACGUUGUGAACAGGCGCGUUGUUAAGUAAUAAGCGAGAGGGGGAGACAGACUCGAGCGGAGAACGGCCGCCAGUGCUGCUGAAGCUUCUCAGGGACUAUCAACAGGGAGUGCAACCGACGACAGAGCAAAGAGCUGGGGGUAUGAGAGCCGCCAGAAUCCGCUCCAAUCCUCUUCAGUCCAGGCCCCUGUCCGACUGACAACUAUCGGAUCAGAACCUCCACUGAACCAGCUCUCGGACGAACCCAAUAUCGGUGGUGACUCGCAAACAUGGAGCUGAGAGUGGGGAACAAGUACCGGCUCGGGCGAAAGAUAGGGAGUGGCUCCUUUGGCGACAUUUACCUUGGUGCCAACAUUGCCACUGGUGAGGAGGUAGCCAUCAAGCUGGAAUGUGUGAAGACCAAACACCCACAGUUGCACAUUGAAAGCAAGUUCUACAAGAUGAUGCAAGGAGGAGUGGGUAUUCCAUCGAUAAAGUGGUGUGGUGCAGAGGGAGACUACAACGUGAUGGUAAUGGAGCUGCUCGGUCCCAGUCUGGAGGACCUUUUCAACUUUUGCUCCCGGAAGUUCAGCCUAAAGACAGUCCUGCUUCUGGCAGACCAGAUGAUUAGUCGCAUUGAGUAUAUCCACUCCAAGAAUUUCAUCCAUCGGGAUGUUAAGCCUGACAACUUCCUAAUGGGGCUUGGCAAGAAGGGUAACCUGGUGUACAUCAUUGACUUUGGCCUGGCCAAAAAGUACCGCGAUGCCCGCACACACCAGCACAUCCCUUACAGGGAGAACAAAAACCUGACUGGCACAGCGCGCUACGCCUCCAUCAACACACAUCUUGGAAUUGAGCAGUCCAGACGUGACGACCUGGAGUCUCUCGGCUAUGUCCUCAUGUACUUCAACCUGGGCUCCCUCCCCUGGCAGGGCCUGAAGGCCGCUACCAAGAGACAGAAGUAUGAACGAAUCAGUGAGAAGAAAAUGUCCACGCCCAUCGAGGUUCUUUGCAAAGGAUACCCUUCUGAGUUCUCCACAUACCUGAAUUUUUGCCGUUCACUCCGUUUUGAUGACAAGCCAGACUACUCUUACCUACGACAGCUCUUCAGGAAUCUGUUCCACCGUCAGGGUUUCUCCUAUGAUUAUGUCUUUGACUGGAACAUGCUCAAAUUUGGUGCCAGUCGGACAGCUGAGGAUGGGGAUCGGGAGAGGAGGACGGGAGAUGACAGGGAUGAGCGUAUCGGAGGAGCCCCGAGGGGGUCUGCAUCGCGGGGCCUGCCCCCAGGUCCCAACCCUGCAGCUGCCAACCGAGUCAGGAACGGGCCAGAGCAGGCCAUCUCUAACCCUGCCUCACGGGUUCAGCAGUCUGGGAACACGUCGCCUCGUGCAAUUUCUCGCGCAGAGAGGGAGAGGAAGGUGAGCAUGCGGCUCCACCGUGGGGCUCCUGCCAACGUAUCGUCCUCUGACCUCACAGCCCGUCAUGACCAAUCCAGAAUUUCCACAUCACAGGUCAGCGUGCCAUUUGAGCACAUGGGGAAGUAGAAUUAUUUGGCUCUGCAUGCACAUGAAACUGACAGGGCUGCAAGGUAUAUUCAUCGCUCCGGUUUAUUUUCCUUUUUAUUCUUACCUUGUUUUAUGAAAAGAUGAUUGCCAAUGGACACAUGGAUCUUUGGAAAAGGACCGUAAAUCUUUAAAGGACCGUCAUUCUUUAAAGGAUCCAGAGAAGUACAUGGCAGUAUCCAACAUGCACUCUUUAAUGAACCCUUUUUGCUGAACCGUGGACCACCACCGUCCCCACAAUACGAAAAGCAAAUGAGUGACAGUCCGACACCAUUUUUACUCCAUGGUUGCUCAUACCUGCUCCGCUCAUUAAAAAAUGUCCCACAGUACCUUCUGUCUGACAAAUGUGAAGAUCUGUUUGCAUCAAAGAAGCAAAACGGUAUCAGGGACACACGCAUGAUUCUCGUCAUAGGUCAACUUAGUGAUUUAAUAAUAGGCUUAGUAAAGAUUUAUCUUUUCCUUUUUUUUUCAGUUCAACACCGCAACAUUUCAGUGUGUGAUCUUUUAUGAGGAUAUCUUAAAUUGGAGCUUGCUAUGAGUUUCCUUUCUUUGCUUUUUUUGAAAGAAAUAACAGCUAAAAUAUGAAGAAACGGGGCGAGGUAGGUGAGAGGCUAGUGGACAAGAAGAAAGGCGACUUUGAAAAGGAUAAGUAGGUGAGGUUUUAGCUGUUGUAGAGUAAUGUUUCUGAUGAAGUAGCAGUUGGUGCUUGCUUGCCCUUCAUCCAUGUUGUGAUGAUUUGCUGUCCCUCAAAACUCACCAAAACUCCACCACCCCUUAUGUUGCCUGUUUUGGACUUGCGUGUUUUCUUAGGUUUUAAUGUGGGCGGGUAAGGUGAAGAAUGACCGUAGAUAUUGCAAAGACACACUCCAAGUCUUGAGGGAUGGUCCUCAGGAAAUUCUCAGUGUAUUUGACCAGAGACCAUAGCUGCCCGUUUUGCCUAACAAAUAGUGGCUGCAAUUUUUAUGAUUGUUCUAAAUGUUACCUUUUUUUUUUUUUUAAUUCUUUUUGUUAUUGGAGGUCAUAGGGGAGUGGGCAGGCUCUUUUAGGGAAGUCUCUUAGGGGGAUGGGACAUCAAUGAUUUUUUUUUUUUUUGUUUACUUCACUGUAAAUAUUUUUUUAUUUCCAUGUAAAGCCAAAAUGUGGUUUUGUUUUACAACGUAAAGUUGAAAAAAAUGUAUACUAAUGACAUAAAUUGGGGCUGGGUUCUGAAUUUUAAGGCAUUUUAAAGUACUAAAUUGUGGGAUGGGCUACUGUUACUUUGCCAGCUGGGUCAUCCAGUAUUUUGUGUGUGUGUGUGUGUGUGUGUGUGUGUGUAUAUGAGAGAGAGUGAUACAGGGAAUCCCUGCUUAAAAUACAGUUGUCAUUUUGCAUUUUGUCUGUUUGUGGAUUGUUUUUAUCCCCUCUGCUAUUUAUGCUAACCUAUUUUUUUAUGUGUCUGAAAUAACUUUCUGUCCUUUUGUUAUUUUUGUUUUCAUUUCAUCUUCCUGUAACUUAUUAGAAGUAGCUUGUCAGUUCAGGUUAUUUUUUGCCUGUCCCUUUUCUUCUUCUGUUCUUGUGCUUCAAAGGUUGUCCACCUCAUAAUACAUAGGGCUUUUAAUAGUCCUUCUGCAAAAAAUUAUAUGCUAAUAGUUUGAUGUCACCUUUUUGGAUUUUAACCUCCAGCAACUUUGAUGAUGUCAUUCAAAGGAAAACAUUACCGAUGCAAAUGCAGGGAUGUGUAAAUUGUGUGCGUGUGUGUUUGUGUAAUUACCUUUGUACAGGCCACCAUGACCCAGUAGCAUUGUAACUGUUGGGAAUGGUAUAGAAGAGGUUGAGGUGAUGGGGAUUUAACUUUAUGUAUUGUGUACUGAUAUAUUGUACAGUUCUUUAACACACUUUAUUUACAACAGUAUUUGUGUAUAUUUUAUGAAGUAAUAAAAAUGAAUAAUGUUGCUCACAACUGA